CGCUUUUAAAAGAGAGAAUUGUUUUUGGGGUUAGAUUGACCUUAAAGAGAGAGGGGCAGUUCGAAAGUCGCUCGUUUUGUGCAACCACGCGUCUUUUCGUACUGAAUGAACUGACAAAAGUCAUUUUCGAUUCCGAGAAUUUUGAGAAAAUUCGCAACAGGUGGCGCUAUAGGAGUACAUGAACAGUCACCGCCCUUGAGUUGGGAUAACUUCCAAGAUUCUGAUGCAUUAAGAUGCGAUCGGGUUUUUAUUAAUUCUCGUUUGGAGUAUUUCUUGACGAUACAGACCCUAAUCACUUUUCUCGGAUUAUCGACUUUACCACCAUUAACAAAUAAGUACUAAUUUUACUGAGUGAUACCGGAUUUGGAUUCAGGUCAUUUCUUUGAUAUAAUGACUACUACAGAUGCUCGGUGUGUGAGUCUAACUGGCGAUAAGAAUCGUCGACCAAUUGAGGAAGAUUUAAUGAAUUGUUUCCAUAAAUAUGAAAUGACACAUAAAAAGCGAGGUGUUGCCUACAUCUUCAACAAUGAAACUUUCGAAGACUCGUCACUAAAAACUCGUCUUGGCUCAUCAAAAGACUCAGACGAUUUUAAAAAUGCAUUAAUUAAACUUGGAUUCGAAGAAGAUGAUAUCCACCUUUAUACAGACGCAACAACCGAGGAAAUGCUCGAGGCUUUGGAGCUUUUUGGUAAAGAAAAUUCUGAUAUUGAUAUUGAUUGCUUUAUUUGUGCAAUUUUAAGUCAUGGUGGGCAAGACGAUAUUAUCUAUGGAUACGAAGGUCCUAUAGAGCUAGAAAAAUUGCUUUCUUGCCUGAGACCCGAUCGUUGUGCACCUCUCACAGGAAUACCUAAAUUAUUCUUUAUUCAAGCAUGUCGUGGAACUACACCGGAUAUUGGAGUCGAAAAAAAAGAUGCUGAUUACAUAGACCAUGAUGAAAGGUCACCUAAAAUUCCAGUUAUGGCAGAUAUGUUGGUUGUUUAUUCAUCUGUUAAUAAAUAUCCUUCUUUCAGAGAUGAAGGAGAAGGUUCGUGGUUUAUGCAAGUUUUAAGUAAAAUUUUGACAGAAUAUGGCACUCAGUGUGAAAUCAUGAAACUUUUAACUGCUGUCCUAACGUGGUUGCCUCUUGAGACUUCCGAAGUUCGGUUAAUCGGAAUACAAUGGAUGUAAAC